UAAAAUCACCUGGUGGUGUCCUGUUUCCUGAGCGCAGCGUUUGACGCGUAAGCCUGUGUGAUGUCAGGCCCGAACGGCACAGACGUGUAUGAUUAGAGUGGACUGGGUGUUAUUGAGACACAAAGCUUAUUAUUUAAGGCCAGUCUCUGUUUAUUUCUGGCCAAGACAGUAAAACACACCUUCCACAAGGUAUAUAAACAGCCAGACGACUUUAGUGAUCUCCACAGAGCACAAGACCUGACCAGCCAUCCAUCCUCUGGACAGUGCUUUGCAAUAACAUGCCAGAUACACAUCGAGUCCACUGGAUGGAGCUGUUUAGCAGGACGGUGCUACUCGGCCUGUUUGUGUCCGCGCCCAUCAGGGCAACAACAGAGUCUGAGGAAGAGUCACCGACAGACUGGACGCUGUGGAAGAAAGCCAAUGGAGUGACCUAUGACGAAGAGGCUGAUGACAUGGAGAGAAGGGUCAUUUGGGAGACAAACAAGAGAAUGAUUGAUGAUAACAACAAAAAAUUCCAUAUUGGAAUGUCCAGCUUUACCAUGGCGAUGAACAAAUAUGGUGACUUGACUAAACAUGAGUAUAAGCAGUUACAGGGAGCUAAGAUUAACAGCAAGGUGAAAAGGAAAGGAAAGCUCGCCUCGACGAAGAAGCUGCGCUACUAUGCUAAGAGACUGCGGGCGUCCACACUGGACUACAGGACGAUGGGAUACGUCACUGAGGUUAAAGACCAGGGCUACUGUGGGUCUUGCUGGGCUUUCAGCACUACAGGUGCCAUUGAGGCCCAGAUGUUCAAGCACACGGGUCAGCUGGUGUCCUUGAGUGAGCAGCAUCUGGUGGACUGCUCCAGGUCUUACGGCACGUACGGCUGCAGCGGGGCCUGGAUGUCGAACGCCUAUGAUUAUGUAGUCAGCAAGGGGCUGCAAGCCACCAAUACUUACCCUUAUACUGCCGUGGACACACAGCCCUGCUUCUAUGACCCCAACCAAGUUGUAGCCCACAUCAGUGACUACAGGUUUAUUCCCAACGGGAAUGAACAGGCGUUGGCUGAUGCCUUGGCGGUUGUUGGGCCAAUUACCGUUGCGGUAGAUGCUGACCACUCAAGCUUUAUGUUCUACAGCUCAGGGAUCUAUGAGGAGCCUAACUGCAAUCCAAAUAACCUCAGCCAUGCUGUGCUUUUGGUUGGCUAUGGUUCUGAGGGCGGCCAGGAUUACUGGCUCAUCAAAAACAGCUGGGGCACAAGUUGGGGUGAGGGAGGAUAUAUGCGCAUGAUCCGCAAUGGCAAAAACACCUGCGGCAUUGCCAGCUAUGCUCUUUACCCCAUUGUAUAA